GUGGUGUCCUUUUUAUGUUGCGUUCAUGAGAAUAAGAACAUCUGUCAUUUCACUUCAUUUGGCGUAAGGGAUGCAGAGGUAGAUGCAUUAUGUGAGGCUGUAAAAUUGAAAAAUUUACAAAAGUAAGAACUGGAGGUGGGAUAUGCUCAGCCUGUCUAACGAUCCUAUGAAAAUAAGAUAUUAAUUGGCAAAAUGAUGAGUUGGAAUAUAUUCAUGAUCAACCCAGCUGCAACAUUACGAUAGCAGAAAUGGGAAGAAAGAGUAAUAUCUCACAUUCCCACUUCCUCUUGGGGUGAUAUAUAACAACCCUUGCACAUGAAUGCACUGUUAUUCAUGCUUGAAUCGUAUGCAGUAUACACAUUUGGAAGAAAAAGUAAUGUUUCUAAGAAGUGCUUUUCUCUAAAGACUGUGGAAGGACAGCUGACUGAGAGACUGAUUCUGGUCCAAGCCAUGCUUUGUGAAGGCAGAUUGUUGAGCAUGACCUAUGGUGUUUUGGAGGAGCUGGAUCCCCUCCCUCCUCAGAAAGCUCCCCAGGGUGCUUAUGGGCCGCCGAGAGCAGCUGCUACCCUGGUGCCAGGCUCCAUCAGACACACUCCGCUCGUUCAUCACAAUUCCCCCGAGCUGACAGGUUGUACGGACAACAGAAGUGAUUCGGUGGAGUUGUACAUUUCUCCUCUGCAGUCCUUGGAUCUCCAGCCAGGCAGACAGAUCUCUACGGAAAUAGAGAUCCCAGCUCAGGCUCGCUCAGUUAGCGAUGCCCCCUUCUUGGUUCCCUCCUUCUGUCAGAGCAUCUGCCAAAAUUACAGCGACCUCCAUAUCGGAGGCGACCAGGUGCUGCCUCUCUCAACAAAUGAUGGUGAGCUCCGGGUCUGUACCGACGCCCAGGCUGUCGGCCCUUUCCUCCAGUCCUGCGACGUCCCCCCAGCUGUGGAGGAUUCUCCCCCAGGACAGACAUCUAAGGGGGGACUUGUGCAUCCACUGAGGGGGGGUUCAAAUCGCUGGAGACUGGGGAGCGCCCGCGAUCGGAGCUUUUUGUUCCAGGGGCGUGAGGGUCCAUUCUCCAACUCUCUUCUAAAUCACUAUCUGGAGCAGAAACUCUUGGAUUUGUACCAGCAGUACAUGAUGGAGAACAUGGCCAGGGAAGGGGCCCCUGGUUCGGAUUCGGACCCCAUUUGCCCUCUCCUGGGCUCAGAGCUGGUCCUCACCAGCCUAGACCAGAUCACUUUGCAGCUGAGUCGGGAAGGGAACUUGGAGGCCGGCCUGGCCAAAGACAUGGUCCUCAGCUGCCUCUUGCGGGUGGCUGGUGACAUGCAGUCAAGUGAGAUCAGCACUCCCUUUCUGCAGAUUUCAAAUGAGGCAUCCAGGGAGCAGCUCACAGAGAAUAAAGGGGAGUGAUCACCCCAGUGUCAAGGAACUCACCCAAUCAAUUCUCCCUCUCAUUUUAGUUUUAUCAACAGAAAAUAAAAUCAAACAGAUAACUGUAUUUAAUCUUUUUCAUUGAUAAGCUGUGUUGAGGAUGGUGUUGAAAGCAAAUUCUGUAUGUGAUUAAUAAUUAUAUGUAUCAUCAUUUUAGGAUGCAGUCAUGCAAAUGGUGUAUGUUCAUGUGGCGUGCUGUUGUUGUGCAGUUGUCCCUUUCUAAACAACAGUAAAGACAGGAACUGAACAUUGAAACCAAUCUUUUUUCCCCCUUUAUUUCUAACAGAACACCACAUCAUCAACAACAUC